AUGGCAUGCAAAGGAGUGUUGGCUCUUGCAACGACACCAUUACAAUCGAACAGAAAAUCAAUGGUGUGUAAGGGAACUACUGUAUCUUGCCCUAUAGAUUGCUCAACUUCUUCCGUUACAAAAUCAAAGGUGCGUGGGGACACUUCUGNAGUGUUGGCUCUUGCAACGACACCAUUACAAUCGAACAGAAAAUCAAUGGUGUGUAAGGGAACUACUGUAUCUUGCUCUAUAGAUUGCUCAACUUCUUCCGUUACAAAAUCAAAGGUGCGUGGGGACACUUCUGUAUCUUGCUCUUUAGAUUCCUCAACUUCUUCUACUUCAAAUUCAACAACAAUUACAGAACAGGAAACCACAAAGAAAUUUAGCUAUAGUAGAGCUUCCCCGUCUGUGAGAUGGCCCCAUUUGAAAUUCAAAGACACCCACCACAGUUCGGAUCAGUCCCAAUUCACCCCUGCCUCUCCCCCACUGACCCAUGUCGUCGACGGUACCUGUUUUCCAAUAAACACCAAAGAUUCCAAGGGCAAAGCUGAAACCCAGAUGGUAUCUGGAGAGGAGUCUUUGGAAAUGAAUGAUGAAACUCUGGAGGUUUUGGGCAGGCCAAGUAGGACUAAGGCUAAGAAAAUGACUAAAUUAGCACUAAAGAGGGCUAAAGAUUGGCGACAGAGGGUUCAAUUUUUUACUGAUAGGAUCUUACAGUUGAAAUCAGAGGAAUUUGUGGCUGAUGUGUUGGAUGAAAAGAUGGUGCAAAUGACCCCAACUGAUUAUUGUUUUGUGGUGAAAUGGGUUGGCCAGUCAAGCUGGCACCGGGCAUUGGAGGUUUACGAGUGGCUGAACCUUCGGCAUUGGUACUCCCCUAAUGCCCGGAUGCUUGCAACAAUAUUGGCAGUCCUUGGCAAGGCCAAUCAGGAAUCAUUGGCCGUGGAAAUUUUCACCCGGGCGGAACCAGGGGUUGGUAAUACGGUCCAAGUGUACAAUGCGAUGAUGGGUGUUUAUGCUCGGAAUGGUAGGUUUACUAAGGUUCAAGAGUUGCUUGAUUUGAUGAGGGAACGUGGGUGUGAGCCAGACCUUGUGAGUUUUAAUACUUUGAUAAAUGCACGUUUGAAAUCAAGCUCUAUGGUGCCAAACUUGGCGAUUGAACUCCUAAAUGAAGUGAGGAGGUCGGGCCUUCGACCUGAUAUAAUUACUUACAACACUCUAAUCAGUGCUUGUUCACGCGAAUCCAAUUUAGAGGAGGCAGUAAUGGUUUUUGAUGAUAUGGAAGCUCAUAAAUGCCAACCUGAUCUAUGGACCUAUAAUGCCAUGAUUUCGGUGUUUGGGAGAUGUGGCCUAUCUAGCGAAGCUGAACGGAUCUUUUUCGAGUUGGAAUCAAAAGGUUUUUUCCCAGAUGCAGUGACAUAUAAUUCUGUGCUCUAUGCAUUUGCAAGAGAAGGGAAUGUAGAGAAAGUAAAGAAAAUUUGUGAGGAAAUGGAGAAAGUGGGGUUUGGGAAAGAUGAGAUGACGUAUAAUACCAUCAUACACUUGUAUGGAAAGCAGGGUCAGCAUGAUCUUGCUUCACAACUUUAUAGAGACAUGAAAUCCUCUGGUCUAAAUCCUGAUGUAGUUACAUACACCAUCCUGAUUGAUUCACUUGGAAAAGGAAAUAAAAUAGCAGAGGCUGCAAAUGUGAUGUCAGAGAUGCUGAACACAGGUGUUAAACCCACUUUGCGUACUCACAGUGCUUUGAUCUGUGGGUAUGCAAAGGCUGGGAAGCGAGUGGAGGCUGAAGAGAUGUUUGAUCGCAUGCUGCGGUCUGGAAUCAAACCGGAUCAUCUAGCUUACUCAGUUAUGUUGGAUAUCCAUUUGAGGUCUAACGACACUAAGAAAGCAAUGAUUUUAUAUCAUAACAUGCUUCGUGAUGGGUUCACCCCAGAUCUUGCCCUUUAUGAAGAUAUGCUUAGAGUGCUUGGAAGAGAAAACAACGAAGAAGGUAUUCAAAAAGUGGUCAGGGAUAUGGAAGAAAUAUGUGACUUGAAUCCGCAAGUUAUUUCAUCCCUUUUAGUUAAGGGGCAGUGCUACGAUUAUGCAGCUAAGAUGUUGAGAUUAGCAAUUACACAGGGUUAUGAUUUGGACUGUGCGAACUUAUUAUCAAUUUUGAGUUCUUAUAGUUCAUCGGGAAGGCACUCAGAUGCACAAGAAUUGGUAAAUUUCAUGAAAAAACAGACAUCUGGAUCCCGUCAGUUGAUAAUUGAAGCUCUGGUGGUUGUUCAUUGCAAGGCUCAUCAGUUGGAUGCUGCGCUGGAUGAGUAUAACAAAGGUUGGAACUCUGGUUUGUUUAGUGGCAGUUUGGCCAUGUAUGAAGCUCUUAUAAAGUCCUGCAAGGACAAUGAUAAGUUUGCGGAAGCUUCUCAGGUGUUUUCUGACAUGAGAUUCAUUGGUUUGGAACCUUCUCAGGAUCUCUAUCGAUGCAUGGCGCUUGUGUAUUGUACCCUGGGCUUCCCAGAAACGGCUCAUUAUUUGGUUCUUCAGGCAGAAGCAAAGGGCAUUCCUAUUAAUGAUAUUCCUAUUUGUGUUGGUCUUAUUGAGGUCUAUGGUAAGUUGAAGCUACUGGAGAAAGCAGAGAGUGUCGUGGGGAGACUUAGACAGAGAUGUAGUACAGUGGACCGGAAGGCUUGGAAUGCUUUAAUACAAGCUUACGCUGCAAGUGGUUGCUAUGAGAAGGCAAGAGCUGCUUUCAAUACGAUGAUGAGAGAUGGUCCUCCCCCAACUGUAGAUUCCAUUAAUGGUCUCAUACAAGCUUUGAUUGUUGAUGGGAGAUUAAAUGAGCUCUAUGUGGUAAUUGAAGAAUUGCAAGACAUGGGUUUUAAGAUUAGUAAGAGUUCUAUUCUUUUGAUGCUUGAUGCAUUUGCCCGAGUGGGGAACAUAUUCGAAGUGAAGAAAAUAUACCAUGGAAUGAAGGCUUCAGGGUAUUUUCCUACGAUGCAUCUGUACAGAGUUAUUAUUUGUUUGUUGUCUAAGGGGAAACGAGUAAGGGAUGUUGAAGCCAUGGUUUCCGAGAUGGAGCAAGCAGGAUUUAAUCCCGAUCUAACUAUUUGGAAUUCUAUGCUUAAGUUAUAUACAGAAAUUGAAGAUUUUAGGAAGACAGUUCAAGUAUAUCAACGGAUACAAGAAGCCAGACUGAAACCAGAUGAGGAUACUUACAAUACUUUAAUUUUAAUGUACUGUAGAGAUCGCCAACCAGAAGAAGGUCUGUCUCUGAUGCAUGAAAUGAGAAGGCUUGGUUUAAAUCCUAAGUUGGACUCUUACAAAAGCCUGAUUACAGCGUUUGGUAAACAGCAGAUGCUGGAACAAGCCGAGGAGAUUUUUGAAGGGUUGCAAUCUGAAGGACUUAAACUGGACCGCUCUUUUUAUCACAUAAUGAUGAAGAUAUUUAGAAGCUCUGGGAAUCAUUCUAAAGCUGAAAGGUUACUUUUCACGAUGAAAGAAGUAGGAGUAGAACCCACCAUUGCUACAAUGCAUCUGCUUAUGACCUCUUAUGGCAGCUCUGGACAUCCCACCGAAGCUGAAGAAGUGCUUAAUAGUUUGAAAUCAACUGGUGAAAUUCUAAGUGUGCUACCAUAUAGUUCAGUUAUCGAUGCCUAUCUUAAGAAUGGGGAUUACAAUAUAGGAGUUCAGAAGCUUUUGGAGAUGAAGAGAGAAGGUCUAGAGCCAGACCACAGAAUAUGGACUUGCUUUAUUAGAGCUGCUAGUUUGUCCCAGAGUAUUAGCGAAGCCAUAAUUCUGUUAACGGCUAUUAGAGAUGCUGGAUUUGAUCUUCCAAUCAGGACUCUCACUGAGAGUUCAGAGUCAUUGGUCCUGGAGAUAGACCAGUAUCUGGAGAAACUGGAACCAGUAGAUGAUAAGGUGGCAUUUAAUUUUGUGAAUGCUUUGGAAGACCUGUUGUGGGCAUUUGAACUUCGGGCCACUGCUUCACUGGUGUUCCAGCUGGCGAUUAAAAGAGACAUUUAUGACCAGAAUGUGUUCAGGGUAGCUGACAAGGACUGGGGGGCUGAUUUUAGAAAGUUGUCUGCUGGUGCUGCUUUGGUUGGUCUUACUUUAUGGCUUGACCUCAUGCAGGACGCAUCAUUGGAGGGCUUCCCCGAGUCUCCAAAAUCUGUUGUUCUGAUUACGGGGACAUCAGAGUACAACAAUGUUUCUUUGAACAGCACAUUGAAGGCAUUCCUUUGGGAAAUGGGAUCCCCAUUUUUGCCCUGUAGAACUCGAAGCGGGCUCCUUGUGGCAAAAGCUCACUCCCUAAGGAUGUGGUUGAAGGAUUCCUCGUUUUGCUUGGACCUUGAGUUGAAAAACAGCCCUACCCUCCCUCAGACAAACUCAAUGCAGCUCAUUGAGGGAUGCUACAUUAGGAAAGGCCUUGUUCCUGCUUUCAAGGAUAUAAAUGAGAGGCUUGGGCAAGUCAGGCCAAGGAAGUUUGCAAGGCUGGCUUUGCUGUCAGAUGAGAAAAGAGACAAAGCUAUACAAGCUGACAUUCAGGGGAGGAAAGAGAAGUUGGCAAAGUCGAAGAAAACUGGUGUUACAAGGAACAAAACUAUCGUGAAGUUUGGGAAGAAAAAAUUUGUUAGGAGCACUGUGCUGUCCAAUAGUGAACAGAUGAGGUCAGAAAACUGUGUUCGGGAAUAGUGGUGCCCACAAAUCCAUGGUAUGUUUAUUUUGUGGUUUGUAACUCUUAUCUUUACCUGGCUGCAUGUUCAAAACAGUCAGCAUGGUGCAGUUACUGCAGUAUCAUCGAAUAGUUCUAUCCAACAGUCCAAUUAGAAGUUCCUAAACAAACGUAUAUAUUGAAAGAAGGGCUCCUAACAAUGAAUCAGAGGCCAACUAUUUGAUGUAAAGAGAAGACCACAAGUUUGUCAUUUGGAGGCUAGCGCAGGGAUGUGCUAUUGUUGUACUGCUUACUUGGUGCCCUCAGGUUAUUGUGAUACAACUAAUAGUGGCUCCACCUGGCAAUCUGCCUUGCAUCACUGUUGGCUCAGUAUUGGAUAUCUAUUAUGUAGCUAGCUACCAUCAUCGGCUCCUCCAAUCUCCCACCAGUUGAGAGGAUUAUUUCUGCUGUUCUGUGUUGAGUUCCAACACAGCAUGGCUGACUACCUCAAAUUUGGCCAAUAAUCAGUGCCCUGGGCAGAGCUGCGUGGAGAAUCUUCGUAGUUUGAUACGUAUUGCCUUGUCAACUUUCCAUCUCUCUCGAAAUUCACCUUCUCUGUGAAAUGAGAUUUCCGGCAACGCCUCAAAACUUCAGGCUGUCUAGAAAUUUUAUCGGUUAUUUUGGUCAUCUACCUGCAACUUUUCGAAGUUCUGGACAGAAUUUGAGGACAUUAUGCUGUGGUGUAGGUUUGAAAUUAUGGUACAUUUUAAAUGUUUGAGGAUUCUAGGGGUUGUCUCUUCACUCUUCAAGAGGUGAGUGAGAGAAUCCUAUACUUUCUUGCCCAGGAAUCACUUAUCUCAUUUUGGUUUUAUGGUGGAAAUUUCACUAUUCAGCUAUAUGAAACCUCAGUUAUGGAAGGUUUGCAAAUCC